AAGCGUCUGUGUUUCUAAAAAUGAACCGAACAUUUCUGCUAAACUGGCUUCAUUCCUAGUGAAAUAAGAGUAAGAGCAUCAAGAUAACAAACAAUGAUCAACAAUCAGUGUUUGGCGGCAGCGGUUGCCAUUUGUGCCUUAUCGUUUGCGGUUAUACACGCAAAGAAGAAGAAGAAAAAGAAACGCCGAAGGGUUUGGACCAAACCACAUUUGCGGGGUCGCGGACAAUAUGGAUUGGAAAUUCUACAGCGACAGUUGGAGCUUAAUGACAAAUCAGGAUUCCGAGAACUACUCCGGAUGACUGCAGAUGAGUUUGAGUUUCUGCUGGAGAGAGUGUCACCUCUUAUAUCCAAACAGAAUACCAAACUGCGGAAGGCCAUCACAGCUAGAGAUCGGCUCUCCAUAACCUUGAGAUAUUUGGCUACAGGUGAGACCUUUACAUCACUGGCGUUUCAAUACUGCAUUGGCAGAUCCACUGUGUCCUGUAUUGUCACAACGACAUGUGAAGCCCUCCAUCUAGUCCUAAAGGAUGAAUAUUUGAAGACACCUACAUCUGAGGACGAGUGGCGAACUAUAGCCAAGCACUUCUUUGAGAGAUGGCAGUUUCCGAAUUGCCUGGGUGCUUUGGAUGGCAAGCAAAUUAACAUACAGCCACCAUACAACUCGGGCAGCACAUACUACAAUAACCAAGGCCACUUCUCUGUUGUGCUCACAGCUGUAGCAGACGCAAGAUACUACUUCACCUAUGUCUAUGUGGGCUGCCAGAGUAGACUUGCUGAAACUGGCAUCUUUGCCCAUUCUGACCUGCGCAGAGCCAUGGAUGAAGGACACCUGAAUGUGCCACAAGCAGAGCCUCUACCAAAUAUGGGGGAUGUAUUUCCAUACAUGUUUGUGGGUGAUGAUGCAUUCCCACUGCGAGCAGACCUAAUGAAGCCUUACUCUAGCAGACAGUUGGACCAUGAUGAAAGAGUUUUCAAUUACCGGCUGUCGAGAGCUCGCAGUGUGGUCGAAAAUGCUUUUGGGAUUAUGGCAAACCGCCUUCGUGUGUUCAGAACUACCAUCUGCUUGAAGCCAGAAAAGGUAGUGAAAGUAACCUUGGCAUCAUUGUGUAUCCACAACUAUCUUAUACGCUGCCAAUCUGAUGCAUACAUGCCACCUAUGCUCGCAGACUGGGAAAAUGCUGCGCAUGAAGUAAUCUCUGGGAGAUGGAGAUCAGAUGGACCUGGGACACUUCAGGAUGUUCCUUUAGGAUCAGCACGCAAUCCCUCCCAGCAUGCCAAGGACCAGCGUGACAAACUUAAACAGUACUUUGUCUCACCUGUGGGCCAGAUGCCUUGGCAGGAGAACCAUAUUUAACCAGCCACAAGUUCAAGGUCAAUGACUUUGCUAAUAAAGUUGACCUCUUUUAUAAACCAUGGCCAAUCUAGUUCUUAAUGUGGAAAGGAGGCAGCGGGGACCGGGUGAACAAUCCAUGUAGACAUUUAUUGCUGCACUUUUCAGUGACACACAAUAAGACAUUGGUUGUUAAACUAUUCACUGUCACACAUAAUACACUGCUUUUCAGCAGCCAAUUCACACUGACACACAGCUCUGGUGUGUGUCUCUCUCUCUCUCAAAAUGGUACUCCGGCUCCUCUUUAUCUCUAUCUUUAUCUCAAGGUGUCCAGCCUUAUAACUCGGCCAUGCCUGGCUCGCCACAUAGGCUUUGUCAUAUGUUCUGACAAACAGUGACAUUAUUGAUGUCCUUAUGGUAGUUUUUUCUUUAAUAAACUUUUAAAGUACUGUAAACAUUCUUGCUUGCAGUGUGCUGUAUAAAUAUACACAACAUUUAGACUGGAUGCAGAUGUAACCAGUUCAGUGAUUUCACAGUAGCUAUUAAUACAUUGGCACCUUAUUUGCACACAAAGUAUGCUCUUUGAUCCUUUUAUAUUAUAGUCUGCAGUGCAUUAACACCAAAUAAAGCUUUACAGACACCUAUAUUUUACCAACUAAACAUCAAGGUAAACAUAAUGCUACGUAAUGCUGUUAUCAGGCAGUAACCAUGCAAGACAUUAAAAAAGAUCUUUGAAUAAACAUCACUUAUUUCAUUAGUUAAUCAUAUUAGUGGUAGUGUUCAUAUGAGGUGUUUACUGUUCCAUUUACAGUUGAAGUAGUAUAAAAACACAUGGAAAGUUCACCCAAAAAUGUUCUCAUCAUUUAUUCCCUCAUGCCAUCAUGUGUAUGACUUUCUUUCUCCUGCUGAGCACAAAUUAAGUUAAAGGCAGCAUAAAAGUAAUCCAUAAGACUCAUGUGGUUGCUAUGUUAUGAUUCUGUUGUUUGCCUUGUGUUUUUCCCCAUCAUCUGUUUCCCAUGGACUACACUUCCCAUGAUUCACUGCCAGCUGUCCGUGAUUGUCCUCACCUGUGUUUCAUUAACUCAUUUGUCAUUGUGUAUAUAAUGCUCUGUUGUUAGCUUGCUUGGUCUUUGUCAGUUAGGUGUUUUGACCCGUUCUCCACCCGUGCAGUUAGAUCCUGUGACCUCCUUCGUUGUAACAUAUAAAUACACUGACAAACACAAACAUGUAUUACAUAUUUACUUUUGUACUUUAAUUCACUUUUGCAGUACAACCACAAAUGGACAAAUGCAACCUCUAAA